AAGGAGAGGGGUCCCUGCAUCCUGACUGCCCUGCCGGACGAGGGGAAGCUGAGGAAAAGCUCCGUCGAUCCUUUGUGGUGGCACAGUGAAGCCCAGGACUCAGCUGCAAGCGGCCAAACUGUGACGGGGCGACGCUGUCCUGCUGCCUGCCUGACCCCAGCCCUGUCCCGCAGCCAGCGCUGCUGCUGUCCCUUUUGUCCCCUGCCAAUGCCAGUGGGUGGAGGCUGCGCGCCCGAUCGCUGCACUGGCAUCCCAAGUUUGGGGCUGAGCUGUGGGCCCCACUUCUUCCCACGGGACAGUGGCGAUGGGGGCUGCUCUCUCCACCGGAGCGGUGGUGGCAAUUUCUUUUAACUGUGUCAUUGCAUUGCUCAUCCUCAUCCUCUUCCUCAUCCUCUGCAAGGCUUGCAGGACCCCCUCGUGCCCCAAGAAGAGCCCGGCUUCUGAUGCGGAUGAGGCAAGGAAUGAAGAGAAGUACCUGCUGCAGCCCUGAGCUUCUUGGGAGCUUGGGUACCUGGCUGUGCUGAAGGAGUCGCGCCAGCGUGGAUGCCUCUGCUGGGACUGGGGCGGUGGAUGGGGCAGGGUGAGAGCAGAGGGGAUGCCGAGCUGCUCGCAGGAGCCGUGACAUGUGGCACAGCCUUUCGCCUGCGUGGUUUUGGUGUGUGAAGUCCCUGCGGAUGCCCUCAGUGACUGUGGGGAUGGAGGGACAGUGGCUGGAGAUGUGCUAUGGGGAUAAUCCUGCCUGCCUCAGCGGCCAGCGAGCGCAGCAGGAGCUCUGCCCUCGAGUGCAUCCCAUGUUCGGGGACAGCCCAUGGGCUCCUCCCUGGUGCUCGUGGCCCAGGCCAGUGGCCACCAUAUUGCAGACCUGAGCAGGGCCGGUUGGGGACUUGGCAAGGGGAGGCAGUGGGGCUGGCACGGGCACCUGUCCCUGAGUGGGGAUCCACCAGCAGAGUGGGGUGUUACUGGUCUGGGUAUCUUAGGGGUGGCCCUGAGGUGCCAUGUGCCCCCAGCCUCAGGAGGUGCCAUCUACCCCAGCAGCCAGUUUAAUGAGCCACAAGAGGGUCUGCAUGGUUUGCCCCUGGUCUGUCUGUCAGUCCUUGCCAGCAUUAGCACCAACACUGCCAGGCAGAUGGCCCUCCUGACGGGGUGCAUGUCCCUGCCUGCCCUCCUGCCUGCUCCCAGCCGUGGCCAGCCGGCAGGGUUUGACCUGCCCUCCCAACCCUGUUGAGAGCAGCCUGGGAUGGCUUUUUGCUGGGGAGGUGGGAGACAUGGAGAGAGAUGAGGAUGCCUGGCCCAACAGCACUGAAGGGUGUUUCAGCCCCAUGGGGGCUACAGGGGAUCUGCA